AUGGACUCCACUUCUCCCGUCACCCUCCGAACUCGCAAGUUCAUCACCAACCGUCUGCUCCAGAGGAAGCAGAUGGUUCUGGAUGUCAUCCACCCUGCCCGCCCCAACGUCUCCAAGGCUGAGCUCUCGGAGAAGCUCUCGGAGAUGUACAAGACCCCCAAGGAGCAGUGCGUCGUUUUCGGCAUGCGCACCGCUUUCGGUGGUGGACGCUCCACUGGUUUCGCCCUCAUCUACGACUCGCGCGACUCGAUGAAGUUCGAGCCCAAGCACCGCCUUGUCCGAAUUGGGCUCGCCGAGAAGACCGAGAAGGCCUCGCGAAAGCUCCGCAAGGAGCGCAAGAACCGUGCCAAGAAGGUCCGAGGUACCAAGAAGACCAAGGCCAGCGAGGCUGCCAAGAAGAAGUAA